GCAGCUAUAGGGCGCCGGGACUCCGACUCUGGCUUUUGGAAGCGAGGCAGCCGUAGGCUUCCUGGUUAUCAGUUUCCUUCGAGCAGGCCGUCCCCAGGCGCAGUUUCCUUCCCAAGGGUCUCUCACCCGUGUGCCGGGCUUCGGAGCUGGUUAUUAAACUGGCUGGUCGCUCUGGCUGACAGCAGCCCGUCUCGGAUUCCUGACGUUUCUUUUUCAUUCUUUGAAUGUUUCAGGCAGUCCCAAGGGUGGGCCCUCUUUCCCUUCCUGUCACUCGCUCUGUCUCUGGUUUCUUAGCACCAGUCAGUUCUCUUCUGGCAAAUAGCCAAGAUCCUCCGGCUGUGGUUACUGAUUCCUCGUCUCCGUCUCGAGCCUGGGCUUUGGUCCCGUUUCUGUGCGCUGGGUCGCGCGUCGUAACUUAUUCCACUUUGCGUCCCCUCUUCUUUCCUUUUCUGGAAUGGAUUGUGUUUCGGGGGGUUGGGAGAGGGGGAGGAGCGAUUUUUUUUUUUCUAGGGAGAAGAAGAGGUAGUGAAUUCCUUUAGAUCUUGACGAUGGUAGGUAGAGAAAAGUUUGAAGGAAACUGGGUAGACUAACAAUUUGAUAUCUUAGAAAUGAAUGGGCUCACAAAUAUUGUCAUCAAUAGACUAUUUUGAUCGAAACAAAAUAAAAGCAUUGUUCCAGUUACAGCCAUCCCUUGUCAUAACUUUUGAACUAUAUUUGGAAAAAUACUGGCCAGGAAAGAAAAAUGAUAAAAUUUUUCCUUAUGGUGAAUAAACAAGGGCAGACUCGACUUUCUAAGUACUAUGAACAUGUGGAUAUUAAUAAGCGUACACUUCUGGAAACAGAAGUCAUAAAGAGCUGUCUCUCUCGGUCCAAUGAACAAUGCUCUUUCAUUGAAUAUAAGGAUUUUAAGCUGAUAUAUCGGCAGUAUGCAGCUCUCUUCAUUGUGGUUGGAGUUAAUGACACUGAGAACGAGAUGGCUAUUUAUGAAUUCAUUCAUAACUUUGUGGAAGUUUUAGAUGAGUAUUUCAGCCGAGUGAGUGAAUUAGAUAUAAUGUUUAAUUUGGAUAAAGUACACAUCAUUUUGGAUGAGAUGGUGUUAAAUGGCUGCAUUGUGGAAACUAACAGGGCAAGAAUUCUUGCGCCUCUACUAAUUCUUGAUAAGGUGUCAGAAAGCUGAAAGGAAGUCUCUUCCAGACAACAUGGAUUUAUCAGAAAUGCGAGUACCGUGGAAUACAUCUCAACAUCUGUAACCAGGAAGAAUCCGGAAGACCACAAUUACAAAAUGGGGUAUCCUUCCAAAGCCAUUAUAAAUAGGCAUUUUCCACAGUUCCUAAAAAGAAAACAAAGCUGUACUUUAAAAUAUGUACAAAGAAAAAACAUUUUUUUAAACUGAGAGAGAAGUUUUAUAUUCUAAUUGUAAACAUAUCUUUCCCACUUCUUUAAAUUCUGUUGAGCGCCUAAGGAACCCUUAUUGGUCUAUACUUCUUUUUGCAAAUCAAAUUCAGGAAUAGCACUAUGGUAGUGGGUAGAAAGUAUGGCAGUUUUCUGUCAGCCAAUAAAGUUUUAAAAUUUAAACACAA